CCCCUUCUACGUGUACAUUCAAAACACGGCGGCUUUGAAUUUAGUUUUCUGGUGACUCUUUAAAGUUAAUUGUGUUUAUCAAAUCAAUUAUUAAUAAACAUGUUUUCUAAAAUUAGUUCAAUUGUAAUUUUUCUAUCUUUUCUUGGUAUCACCCUAGGUUGCCAAGUCGGUGAUGUUCAAUCAUCUUCCUAUUCAACCACUGAUGGACUUGUCAUCUCUGAGACAGCCUAUGUUGUUAAUUUCAAUGUUAACUGCAAAGACGCAGCUAAGCCUGAUUCUUUAGUACUUUAUGCUGAUAUUGGUAACAAUAAAAUUUUACCGGUAGCCAAGUCGAGUGAUGGAAGUCGAUUCCAAGUUUCAUGGACUGCUGAUUUGGCAAAAUCAUACUCUGCCAGUUAUGAGAUUAAAAUUCAUGACGAAGAAGGAUUGAGUAAUUUGAAGAGAGCUCAAAGAAAAGAGAGCAAAGAAGAUGUUACUCCAUUAUUUAAAAUCAAUUUCUCUCAUCCCGGAACUUACCGAGGUCCAUGGUUGCAAACUGAAUUGAUUGCCACCGUUAUUUCAAUUCUUGUCUGGUGGGUUGCAUAUUCCCAUAAAUCAAAGUUGGAUUGAUAAUUUAAGAAUAUAUUUGUAUAUUCCUACAUAGACUUAUUAUUUGAAUUUUAAUAAAACGCGAAAUAAUAUCGUGCUCUACUUUAGUAAA